GCUGCCUUCCCCACGGGCCUCCUCCGUCCCUCCUGGCCUUCCUGCCCAGCCUCCCCCCCUGCCCUCCGUGGAAGGGAGGCGACGCACCGCUCCCGAGGCCCGGCUCUGAGGGGGAAGAGGGACUCGCCCAGGGUCAUGCGGCUGCGAAGCGGCCGAGGCCAGGCCUGCGCCACCAGCCGUGCUGUGGAAGGCCGAGCCGGGAGCCGGAGAAGCCUCCCGCCGCUGACUAGUCCCGGGCCAGGCUCACAUCCCGACUUCGGCCGGCUCCUCCUCCCACCUCUCCUAGGCACCCAACCCUGGCCGGCCCCCGGCCUCUCCCGCCUCCCUUUCUGCUCCGAGCCCUCGCGGGCACCCAGGAAGUGCCCGAGCCCCGCCCCGAGCUCUCUGCGCCCACAGGUAUGGCUGGGCGGCCGCGCCGAGGACGCUCAACGUUUCUUGUCUCCCCAGUUCGACGCCGACCGAGAGGAGGACGACGUGUUCCGGGACAUCAGCCUGGCCGUGGCCAGCAAGCUGUUCCCGUCCCAGGAGGCCGCCGCGGCAGCAGGGCCCCCUGACCUGCGUGUGGACGCUGCAGACGGCCCCGCCCCCGGCGCCGGCUCCGACUGGGAGGAGCAGGGAGACGAGGACGAGGCAGACGUGUGCGGGGAUGCCGACGCCGAAGAUCUGGCCGAGCUGAGGAAGUUCAAGAUUGUUUUUGUGAUCGGCGGUCCCGGCUCCGGCAAAGGAACCCAGUGCGAGAAGCUGGUGCGGAAAUACGGCUUUGCCCACGUCUGCGUGGCCGAGCUCCUGAGGGACGAGCUGGCCUCGGGGUCCCCCAGAAGCCUGCUGCUCGGAGCCGCCCCACCCGCGGCCGCCGUGCUGGACCUCCUGAAGGAGGCCCUGCUGGCCCGCUCGGCCCCCGGGCUCAGGGGCUUCCUCAUCGAGGGCUACCCGCAGGAGCUGAAGCAGGGCCACGAGUUCGAGCGCAGGGUGGGGCCCCCCCAGCUGGUGAUGUGCAUGGAGUGCUCGGCGGACACCAUGAGCCGCCGGCUGCUCCAGAGGGACGGCGAGAGCCCCGAGGCCGUGGCCCGGCGGCUGCAGACCUACUACCGGGCCUCGCUGGCCGUGGCGGCCCACUAUGAGGAAACGGCCCCCUUCCACAAGAUAAACGCGGAGGGAAGCCCGGAGGAGGUGUUCCUGCACGUGUGCUCGGCCGUGGACGCCAUCUUCUGAAGAGGGACAGGAGCCCGGCGCGUCCUGGGUCAUCGUCUGUCCAGUGUGUCGUCCGGACUCCCCCUCCCUCCAUCUGCCCAGGGACCGGCAGCAGGACAGCCAGGGAGGGUCUGGCGGUCAGUCGGGCUCCAGGAGGCACAGGUGGGCUUCCUCCUGAGGGGAGGACCCUGCUGGCUCACCUCUUUCCCGGCAUUCGGUGCCUUCACGUCGGCUCCUCCCUGUGACGCCCGAGAUGUCCUGCCUCAAAAUGGCGGCCUGGUGGGGCCCAAAGGCGUGCUGCGGAGAGCCGGGCACAGGCAGCCGUACCUGCAGGGAUGCCCACUCGGCGUCCCUGCUGACCACCAGUGCCCGUCCCUGUGCUCACUCCUCCCCGGCAUCCCCACUUGCAUGAUCUCGCUCCCGGCCACUGUCUGUGCUGCACCCAGACCCCAAGCUCCUCUUCUUGUGAUGAUGCGUGAUGGACAAAUAAAGUCAGACGGACGACA